GACUGCGGUUGGAGUGUGUUUUCGCCGAGUGAGUGAGUGAGUGAGUCAGUGUGUGUGUUUGUGGAGGUGAAGCUCUGGUUCUGGACUUACUGAAGCCGGUAAGAAUGUCAUGUUCGCUGGAGAAGGUUCUGGGCGAUGCGCGAACGCUGCUGGAGCGGCUGAAAGAGCACGACACCGCGGCUGAGAGCCUCAUCGAGCAGUCCAGCGUCCUCGGACAGAAGAUCCACAGCAUGAAGGAGGUCGGAAACACUCUCCCUGACAAGUACAUGGAGGAGAACACAGAGUAUCAAGAGCUGUCCAGACACAAGCCUCACAUCCUGCUGAGCCAGGAGAACACCCAAAUCAAAGAGCUCCAGCAGGAGAACAGAGAGCUCUGGCUCUCUCUGGAGGAGCACCAGUACGCCUUAGAGCUGAUCAUGGGCCGAUACCGCAAGCAGAUGCUGCAGAUGAUGAUGGAGAAGAAAGAGUUGGACACCAAACCUGUGCUCAGCCUUCACCAGGAUCAUGCCAAGGAGGUUCAAAGCCAGUUAGGACGGAUCUGUGAAAUGGGUCAAGUAAUGCGUCAAGCCGUACAGAUGGAUGAUCAGCACUACUGCUCUGUGAAAGAGCGACUGGCACAGCUAGAGAUUGAAAACAAGGAGCUCCGGGGUCUGCUGUCGAUCAGCUCUGUGAAGCCGCACAGAGAGGAGAAAAACCCAUCGGAGACGACAUUCGAGACUGUGGAGAAACAGGAGUCCUAAUGGAGGAUGAUGUUACUUUAGACGGCAGUUUGUGUAUUUGUUUGUCAGAUGACCUGGUGUCCACUGACGCUAAUAUCUCUAUUGGGUUUUCCAGUGUCCUUCUGUACUGUCCUGGCGGUGGUUUAGCUCUCUGCUGCCUGACCAUGCACUUUUUCUGAUGUUUAAUAUUAGAGAUAUUAAUAUUUUAGUUCAGGAAAGACCCAACACCUCUUUGGUUUUAAUAAUAGACUCUUAAAUCGUUGGGCAGAUGUGAGGUGUAGAUCAUUUCUUUGUCUGUUUAUGUUUGAAUUUACCAAAAAUAUGAGUGUUUUUAAUUUUAAAAUAAGCAUUUUUUUGUCUUAAAUUGAUUUGUAGCUUCACUUUGACUAGGUUUAGAGGGAUUGUGGAUAGUUCAACUGAAAAUUUUAUGUUAAUAUGAUAUUUUGAUGAAUGUCUGAAACAAGUAACCAUUGACUUCCAUUGUAUUUGAUUUCUUACGAUGGAAGUCAAUGGUUACAUGUUUCCAACAUUCUUCAAAAUAUCUUCUUUUGUGUUCAACAUAAAGUGAGUGUGAGGAAAUGUUAAUUAUGGUGUGAACUCUCCCUUCUAAAUUGAUGUUAUUUUUAAGAAUGUUGGAAAUCGGUAACCAUUGACUUCCAUUGUAUUUGAUUUCUUAUAAUGGAAGUCAAUGGUUACCGGUUUCCAACAUUCUUCAAAAUAUCUUUUGCGUUCAACAGAUAAAAGAAUCUCAUUAAGCCACUUGAGUGUGAGUAAAUGUUCCUUUUUGGGUGAACUCUACCUUUAAAUUGAUGUUGAUACAUUUUGAAGAAUGUUGGAAACUGGUAACCAUUGACUUCCAUUGUAUUUGAUGUCUUACUAUGGAAGUCAAUGGUUACAGGUUUCCAAUGUUCCACAGAAUAUUUCCCAUUGUAUUUGAUUUCAGAAUACUUCCCAUUGUAUUUGAUUUCAACGUUUCCAUUGCAUUUGAUUUCUUACUAUGAAAGUCAAUGGUUACUAGUUUCCAACAUUCUUCAAAAUAUCUUCUUUUGUAUUCAACAUAAAAAAAAGAAACUCAUUAAGCCACUUGAUUGUGAGUAAAUAUAAAUUUUUGGGUGACCUUCCCUUUAAAUUGAUGUUGAUAUAUUUUAAAGAAUGUUGGAAACCGGUAACCAUUGACUUCGAUUGUAUUUGAUUUCUUACUAUGGAAAUCAAUGGUUACCGGUUUCCAACAUUCUUCAAAAUAUCUCCUUUUGUGUUUAACAGAUAAAAGAAAUUUAUUAAGCCACUUGAGAGUGAGUAAACAUUCUAAAAGUAAAUAUAAAUUUUUGAGUGAACUAUCCCUUUAAAUUGAUGUUGAUACAUUUUGAAGAAUGUUGGAAACCGGUAACCAUUGUAUUUGAUUUCUUACUAUGGAGAUCAAUGGUUACCGGAUUACAACAUUCUUCAAAAUAUCUUCUUUUGUGAUCAACAUUUAAAAAAAGAAACUCAUAAAGCCACUUGAGUGUGAAUAAAUGUACAUUUUUGAGUGAACUCUCCUCUUAAAUGGACAUUGAGAUGUUUUGAAGAAUUUUGGAAAACGGUAACCAUUGACUUCCAUAGUAUUUGAUUUCUUACUAUGGAAGUCAAUGGUUACCUGUGUCCAACAUUCUUCAAAAUAUCUCAAUAUCCAUUUAAGAGGAGAGUUCACCCAAAAAUUUACAUUUAUUCACACUCAAGUUGCUGCGAUAUGAGUUUCUUUUUUUUAUGUUGCUCACAAACGAAGAUAUUUUGAAGAAUGUUGUAAUCCGGCAAACUUAUUUUGUGUUCAACAUAAAAAAAAGAAACUCAUUAAGCCACUUGAGUGCUAAUGAUCAUUUUUUGGGUAAACUGCCCCUUUAAAUGAACAGGCAUCUGCAUUUGGAGUGAAUUUUCUAUAUGUGAACACAGAUUAAUAACAGACUCAUUAACUAACCUCAGCGUAAGAUAGUCGUAUUGUUAAUGUUGUAUGUAUUCUGCAGUAUUGCAUCUUUAAAGCGUCUUGAUGUGAUAAUCAUGUAUGACUUUCACAGUGAUGAGAAUCCUCUGAAAUUUGCCAGUCUUUUUAUUACUGUUAAUUGUUGUAUUUUCAUCUCAGGAAAGCAAUCAUGUGUUUCACAGCUGUUAUUUUGUAUUCUUCAUUAUGUAAAAUAAAAUAGAUUCUAUAAGUUUAAA